AUAUUGGAUAACCCGGACCACCACCUACUGCAGGGAAAGUGUAAAUGUUCCUCAUUAUUCUAUUCUAUUAUAUAUGUUGUGCAUUUAAAUUGUUAUUGGAUGGCCCUUCCAAAAAAAGAUUCAACCAGCCGCCACCACAUCUAUACAACUAGACAUAUAUCUAUCUUUACAUCUAUCUACACAUCUACCGUACAUAUAUCUAAACAUUCUAAUCUAAACCAUCGUGAUCCUGAUCCUGGUCCAGACCAGUUGGUGGCAGUAAUGCGCUGUAACGUAAAAGAUGGCAAAGAAGAAGAAUGUUACAUAUUUAUCUCGCGAGAGAAAACACUUUCCUGGACAACGAGGCAUUUGUUUACUGUACUAAAUAUGCUCUUGUCAUAGUGCCGCAGCCGCAGAGAAGGCUGUCGCUCGGAUAUGGCGCAGAGUGGGUCGUCGGUUAAUUUUUCUGGUUCUCUGACGAGCUCGACUCUUCCUCCGCCGAGGACCCGCAUAUUCAAAAUCAUCGUGAUCGGGGACUCCGGUGUCGGGAAGACCUGCCUCACCUACCGAUUCUGUGCUGGGAAGUUCCCCGAGAAGACCGAGGCAACGAUCGGGGUGGACUUCAGGGAGAGGCUGGUCGACUUUGACUGCGAGAAGAUCAAGAUCCAGCUGUGGGACACUGCAGGUCAGGAACGCUUCAGGAAAUCUAUGGUGCAGCACUAUUACCGCAACGUGCAUGCCGUAGUCUUUGUCUAUGAUGUGACCAAUGCUGCCAGCUUCCGCAGCCUCCCAGCAUGGAUUGAGGAGUGCAAGCAGCACGCGCUGGGCACCGAAGUACCUAGAAUCCUAGUUGGAAACAAGUGUGACCUUCAAGACUCCGUUCAAGUGGGCACGGACGUGGCGCAACAGUUCGCUGACGCCCAUUCCAUGCCCCUGUUUGAGACAUCUGCAAAGAAUCCAAACAGCCAGGGAGAUGGAAGCUAUGGCGGAGGAAACAGUGACCAUGUUGAGGCUAUUUUUAUGACGGUGGCCCACAAGCUGAAGUCUCAAAAGCCUCUGGUUUUGAGCCAGCCUCCCGAGGGAUCAGUGGGUACCAUCAACCUGAGCAGGGGGAGGGAUGAUGGCGGAGAUGGAGCCAGGAGCUGGGGCUGCAGUUGCUGAGGAAGACAACUUCAGCCUGAAGCUGCACAAGACGGAGGGGAGUGAAGGCAAGGAGUUAAGGAAAGUGUGGAGGUCUUGAAAAGAGGAAUGGUUCUUGCAAAAUGGCUUUACAAUCAGCACAAACAGAGAUAGUUUCUCCAUUAGAAGAGGAUACUGUUUUCCCAAUGCUAUGCUUAACUUUCUAAAUUACGUUGACUGGUUUUGAGUUAAUAUUUACAGUAUGGAUGUUGUUUUCGACUGCCAAAAGCUAUCAUUGGUCAAUGAUGAACUGAAAUUAACAAGUGGCCAAAUAAGAGAUUCUAAUUCAGUUUCAAUUCACUUAUUUUCAUGUUUCUUAUCAAAACAUGUUACAUAAUAAAAACCUGUUGAAUGCA